UUCCAGUUCGUGUUGAGACCAGCUUUUGUUUCUGAUUCAUGAAGUGCAGAUUAGAAAGAGGAGGGUGUUCUUGGGCAGGAGCAGCAGGUUGGGGGUUAAAUUCCCUCUGCUCAGAGUUCUGUCACAGCCUGUGUCACAGCUGGACAAUGUCUGCAGGACGGAUGCUUUUAUGGACACUGCUCCUGAAUGGACUGCACAUCACAGUGAGCCAUGGUCCAAGGUGGAACUUAGAACAGGACUAUGAGGUGGUGCGACCGGUCAGACUUCAUACAGUCAACAAGAGACAUGCAGAGUCCCACAGACCACAGAGGGUUAAAUACUCGCUGACUGUGAGGGGACAACCACUGGAGAUGCAUCUGGAGAAGAACCUCGAAUUACUCACCAAAGACUACAGUGAGACUCAUUACCUUAAAGAUGGUACUCCCGUCACCAUCACUCCAGACAAUAUCGAUCACUGCUAUUACCAGGGGAAGAUUGUGGGAAACAGUGCAUCUGAAGCAAGCAUCAGCACAUGUGAUGGACUCAGAGGGUACUUCCGGACGUCAGAGCAGAGGUUCUUGAUAGAGCCCCUGACCUCUGACCCUGAGGGGGAUCAUGCGGUGUUUGGGGUCGCUGGACUGGAGAACGCCACUCCAGCCGUGUGCGGAGUCACCAACGAAACAUGGGCCGCAGCCGAAGAACCGCCCAGUAGAACACGAUCUGGGGGCGGGUCCAUCUUAGAUAUGCAGAAGUACAUGGAGUUCUAUAUUGUGGCUGACAACAAAGAGUACAUACGGAUGAGCAAGGAUGUACCCAAACUCAGAAAGAGGAUUUUUGAAGUGGUCAACUUUGUCAACAUGGUGUACAAACCACUACUAACCUUUGUAGCCCUGGUGGGGUUGGAGAUUUGGACUGAUGCAGACAAAAUCACGCUAAGCUCCAACACUGAACAAAACCUGGACAAUUUCAUGAACUGGAGGAACAAGAAUCUGAUCAACAAAAAGCACGACUGCGCACAUCUCAUCAGUGGGAUAGACUUCGCUGGAGAUACGAUUGGGCUGGCGUUCGUUGGAGCGCUGUGUACAGGAUUCUCAGUGGGCGUGGUGCAGGACUACACAGACACGAGUGCGUUGGUGGGGGCUACUCUGGCUCAUGAGCUGGGUCAUAACUUGGGCAUGUCCCACGACACCACCACCUGUAAGUGCUCCGCGGACAGCUGCAUCAUGGAGGCCACCGUCAAGACUUGGAGUGCUCCUAAGGACUUCAGCACCUGCAGUCGCUCCAAAUACGAGGAGUUUCUUCUGAGCCGUGGUGUGGACUGCCUCCUGGACAAACCCGACUACAAGACCUUGGUGUCGCCCCCUGUCUGUGGGAACGGCUUUGUGGAGGCCGGAGAGCAAUGCGACUGUGGCACUGUCAAAGAGUGCACCAACCGCUGCUGUAACGCCUCCACCUGUGCCUUCAGUGAGGGCUCUCAGUGUGCAGAGGGAGAGUGCUGUGAGGACUGCAAGAUCUUGGGGCGCUCUCGUGAGUGUCGACGCAAACGUGAUGAGUGUGACCUGGCUGAAUACUGUGACGGUGCGAGCGCAGUCUGUCCAGAGGAUGUGUUCAGUGUGAACGGUCUGCCCUGUGACAACACAAAGGGAUUCUGCUACAACGGAGAGUGUCCCCAGAGAAGCCGCCAGUGCAACAAGAUGUACGGGCCAGGUGCCAUAGAGGGCCGGGCCGACUGCUUUCAAAUAAACACAGUGGGACAGUACUACGGCUACUGCAAACGACCUUCUAAUACCCAAUACAUCGCCUGCCCACUACAAGACAUAUACUGUGGGAAGCUCUUCUGUCACAACGGAACUGAAUACUCCACUUACGGAGGAUGGUUAAAAGUGGGUGACUGUAAAGCGUCGCACUUCGCAGACUUCACCAAAGAUUACGGACAAGUCGAAACUGGGACAAAAUGUGCAGCGGGAAAGGUGUGCAUCCAAAACCAGUGUGUGGACCUGGAGACGGCCUACAAGACAGCGGCCUGCUCAGCCAAGUGCCCGGGCCGCUCACUGUGUAACCACCGGGGGGAGUGCCAGUGUGAACCGGGGUGGCUGCCUCCCUACUGCGACAAAGAAGACAAGACGUACAGCUCUGUCACUGUCCAGUAUCUCAGUCCUGGUGCGAUUGCUGGCAUCUCUAUAGCUGUGAUCUUAGCAGUGUCUUGCAUCGUCGCUGGGGUCGUUUUCUUUUUAAAGAAAAACUAAAACUACUGCUCUGGACUCCCGACAUACCAA